UCGUGAAAAAGUUUUUAUAUCGCAUUCUUAACAAAAUUUGAAAAAGUUUACACAAAAAAAACAUAAUACAGUGAAGAAGAAAUUAACAAACAAAAAAAAAUACACAACAACUGGAAAAAUAUCACACGAAGAAAUAGAAAAAAAAUAAUAAAAACAAGUUUUGUUUUUCGUUCAUAAAUACAACAGAAAUAUUUUUAACGCUUUUUUUACUCUACUCACUUGGAUUACUUACUUAUUAUUAUUCUACACUAAAAUUAUUUUUUUUUUGGGGAAGUUAUGGCAGAUCGUCACAUAAACAAAACGUGAGCGCAAAUAAAAUCGCGUAUACUUUAAUAUGAAUGGCAAUGAAUCAAUAAAUACGGAUUAUACUGUUUAGUAAAAUAAAUCUCAUCUCUACAUCACUUACAAUUUAAUCGGUUGGAAUUUAAAAUUAAAAAAGCAAAACCAAAACCAAACACAGACAGACCCAAGAGUAUUAAAGAAAUAUUUUUAUCGUCAUGAUUAAUCCCCCUAAUGCCAAUAGUAUUGGUAGUAAUGGCAUAAUGGAAACAUAUGAUGAUAGACCGAUAAGUAUGUAUGACAAUCUAAAUAAUAUGACCACAAAUAUGAAUCCAACAAUGACGGCGAUGAACAGUAGCACACCUAAAAUGACAAAAGCGCCAACAAUGGCAAAUACAAAUGCAACAGUAACGGCUAUAGCAACAGCAAUAGCAACACCACCAACGUCAACGAAAACAAAUGGAGCAGCACAUUCAACGCCCUUUACAGAUAUUACAUUUAAAUUUAAUGAAAACAAUAAUAUACCGCAACAGAAACUACAACAACAACACCAACCACUGCAAAUAAAUGGCAAUCGGAACUUGAAUGAAAUACCUUCCAAUACAGGUAAUAAUGCAGCUGUAUAUGCGACACCAUAUAAAACAGCAGCAGCUAUAAAGCCAGUAAUAACCACCGCAUCACCACCUCUAACAGCACAUCAACAACAACACCAACAGCACUCACCAUCGAUAGCACCAACAACAACAACCAUAACGAAUACAUUAACGUCAUCACCGUCGUUAUUACAAACGAAUGCAACAAUAGCAACAACAACAACAUCGCCAACAGCAGCUGCAGCAACAGCUUUAAACUCAGAUACAUUCAAUAAUAGUAUUAAUCGACCGCUUAGUCAACAUUCACAAUCGGAACUAAACGAUACAAGUCAUAGCAUAGCUGCAGUGAAAGCUGCUUUAAAUGAAGCUAAAUCAAAAUUCUUUGGCUUAAAUGGUCAUGCAUCAUCACAACAAUACCAAGACCAACAACAGCUACAGCUACACGAUCAUCCACAUAAUUACGACGAUAACUACGGCGAAGAAUCUCCCAACCAUCAGCUACUGCCAUUAAAUGAUCAACUGCACCAACAACAUCCAGCCCAACAGCAACAAGUACAAAAAUCCCAACCAAAAUAUCAAAACAUACCAGAAAAUAGUGCAAUAUUUCGUAAUCAAACCGCUGGUAUUGCUGCUGCUGGUGGUCCUCCUCCUGAACUGCCACCAAAACCAAUUGAAUAUCAAAAUCUACAACAACAACCAACAACAUCUAGCAUACACACGACACCCGAUCAUCAUAGAAAAAUGCCAACUGGGGCAGCUGCAUACAAUCAAAUAUCGUUGAACGAUAUUGAUGGUCCAGCUUCCCGAUCGCAGACCGUCUACAUGGCCACAACAGUACCACAAAAUAUUAAAGGUAAUAAAAUCGCUGGACGACAUACACCGACUAGAAGCAGUUUGCGACACAGUCGUAUGCUGGUGGUAAACAAUAAAAGUUAUGAAGAAGUACAACAUCCCAAUCCCAUGGGUUUUCAACAGCCAAAUCUUGCCCGCUGGUUAUUAAUAUUACAAAUUGUCAUUGGUAUUUUAUUGUUAAGUUUAUCAAUAUGGAUAUUUUUCCUAACACCAAAUACACCAGUACAAGAUAAUCCAUAUUGGUGCGGUUUAGUGUUGUUAAUUACGGGUAUUAUAGGUUUAAUUGUGGUACGUUAUCAACGUAUCAAGCGUGCUAAAACUCGUGAACAUUGUUUUAUGUUUUUACGUAUGGAUUCCUAUGUACUUUCUUUGCUGUCCGUGUUACUAUGCUGUGUGGCUUUGAUAUUUGCCGCCAUACAUUAUUGUCGCCUCACUGCAGCGGAUACGAAAUGUAAAAGUAUGCAUCUUUUAGUAGAACAUGGUUCGUGUGUUUGCACUUUCAAUGCCCCGCCUCCAGUAAAUACAUCUGAACCCUUGUUAAACGAAUCAACAUUUGACGCAGACGAAGAAUCAAAUGAAAUCACAGACAACAGUUAUAAUGUGGAAUACCGCGACUUGAGUUGCCAAGAAGUUACCGGACCUUGGACCUCGAUAUUAGGUCUGUCUUUUAUACUUAAUUCAUUGGGAUUUGUUAUUUCUUUAGUGUAUAUUGUGUUAUUAGCUUGUUGUCGAAAGUCAUCGAAACGUCUUUACUCUACCGUCCGUACAAGUACCUUUUAAGAUUAAAUUUUAAUUUAAUUAAUUUUAACACUUACACAAACAUUAUUAAUUUAGUUUAAAAAAAAUAUUGAAUUUAAUUUUUAAAAAAUAUUGUAUAACAUAUUUAUAUUUUGUUUUUUUGAAAGGUGUUUUAAAAAAUAAGUUUUACUUUAGUACUUAAUUUAAAUAAAUUUAACAAUUAAAUUUUAUUUUAACAGAAAUACAUUUUUAAAAAAUUCUAA